GAGCGAACCAAGGCUGCCGAGUUGUAUCUGGAUUUCUGCCUCACAACGAUUCGAUGCAUUCAAGCAACAGUUGAAUACCUCAACGACCGUGAACAGACUCGCCCUCGGGACGUCCCUUACACUGGUGGCUAUUUCAUUGACCUAGUCGACCAAAUUCGCCACUACGCCCAACAGCUUGCUGACGCCAAGGAGAAGGGUGAAAAGGUUGAGGAGAUGGAUGUUGAUCCGUACGCACUACACUCUCAGACAAGCCACUCUCCAUGUGCUAACCUUCCUCUUAGCACUGAUGAGAUCAAGCUCCACGGAGGUAUCCAUGUAAAUGGACGGCCUGCUGAGCUCGUUCGCAUUAAGAAGAAUGGAAAAGCUAUCUCAAUGGCCACUGGCGAACCCGUCGAGAUCAUCGAGGAAGAUGGCGAUGGUGCAGUGCGAGUUAAGCGCUCUGCCAGCCAGGAGCUUGAGGACGAGGAGGAAAUCAUGCGCUCCAUGGCACGGCGGAAAAAGAACGCCAGCCCCGAAGAGCUCGCCCCCAAGAAGUGCCGUGAGCCUGGCUGCAACAAGGAGUUCAAGCGCCCUUGCGACCUCACUAAGCAUGAGAAGACUCAUUCCCGGCCGUGGAAGUGCCCCGUUCCCACGUGCAAGUACCAUGAUUAUGGGUGGCCGACUGAGAAGGAAAUGGACCGCCAUCACAAUGACAAGCACUCAUCGGCCCCGCCGAUGUUCGAGUGCUCCUACAAGCCAUGCCCCUACAAGUCGAAACGCGAGUCUAACUGCAAGCAGCACAUGGAGAAGGCUCACGGCUGGACGUACGUGCGAACUAAGACGAACGGCAAGAAGUCGGGUGGCUUGCCCAGCAUUGCAGACUACUCGGCCCAGCCGACUCCUCAACUCCAGAACAUGCCCACUCCCCCGAGUGACUACGGCCAGGGUGCUGCUACUCCCCCUGACGAGUGGAGCCGGGUCUACGGGCACAUCGAGUUCCCGACUUACAUCCAGAGCGACAGCGACUACAGCAUGAUUCCUCAAGAAAUCAACCUUGACUACUCGCCUGUUGAUAAUGGCACUCCGUCCACUGAUUCCAGCAUGGACCACAACUCGGCAUACCAGGACAUCGGAAACGAUUUUACUCUCUACGAAGACAUCUACAGCGCCACUGCCCAAAUUCCUUCUACAGUCAACCCUGUCUAUGCCAAGGCAAUGGGUCAGCACUAUACCUCGUUCACGGCGGCUGAGCUUUGCCAAACCCAGCCCGCUCACAUCUCGCCAAUCGGACAAGGGAAUGCAAUGCUCUACACACCUACGUCUCUGGUUGAUGAGGGCUUUGACGAGCAACAACAGGACUACUCGGGUCUGACUGCCGCAAACAAUAACGGUGACUUUAUUCUUUUCCCUGGCGGUGGGGUUUCAAAGUCCAUGUUCAAUGACCCUCUCUUCGCCGCUGAAGUCCCCAGCAUGGUUGCCGGAUAUUCGCAACCGUCUUCCCAGGACAUGAUAAAUCCAUACCAGAACAUGGAUUGGUCGUCGCAAGACUUGGCUGCCUUUCUCCAACGCUGAACGCUGAUGGCUGUCGUGAAAAGGAGCGGUACCUAGUACGCCGGUCUCUGAGUUGUUCAGGUCUAAAGUCAUGCUCUUGAUUGCGAUCGAGAUGCAAUUCCGGGCGAGAUAUUUUAUGUUAUGAUGUUACGAAGCGUAAAUUACGCAUUUGUGGGGGAAUGGUACCCCAGGGGUUAAGGCGCAGGAAUGGUAUUCGGAGUUGGGCCUUUUUUUCUAUAUUUGUAUCCUACACGCUGGGCUUUCUGUGUUUUACCUGGAUUUGUUUCUUGCCUCACAUCUUCGCUCCCUUUAUUUCUUCUUGGCUAGGAAGUGAACUGAGCAGAUUGACGCCGGAACCUUCUAUAUCACGCCCCCCUGAAGAAGACGGAAAGCCGAUAAUCUCUCUACGGGUGGAAUAGGUCACUAGCUAGAUGCUGCUGAUUAUAAAGAUAUAUUUACAACA